CGCAUACAGCCCAGUUUUGCGGACGCUGCUCACUUUUCCUGCUUGCUUGUGGACGUUUGUGUGCAAUUUGUGUGUGUGUGCUGAGGUGGAUGUACAAGCAGGGUCUCACCCGUUUCCAACCACACGCUCACCCCGCUUGGUGUGUGGAUGGAGUGAGUGAGUGAGAAGGAAGCAGAAGAACGCAGAGGGAAGCAAAGCUUCCACGGCCAUGGACGACAAUACAAACUCGCAGCCCCUUGCGGUGCUGACAGCGGUGCUGGUGCUGCUUGCAACGGCGCUUGUGCUGUUGUGGUGGCGAAAGAGGCAACAACAGCAGCAGCAACAGCAGCAGCAACAACCAAAGCGCGGCAGGCCGCCGGUGGAUCCAACACGGCGGAUCGGGGCCCCACGACAAGUCCCGCAAGCAUCAACGCAGUCACAGCAUGUGGAGCCGGCAACGACAGAGAGCGAGCAGCCAGCACAGGCCCUCGAACGUUCAACACAAGUUAUCGACGCCACAUCGGGUGCGACCGAACCAGCUACCACACAGACACAUCGGCAAGGGCAGGUCCACAUGGUGGAACAGUCCAGGCACGCAGUCGUCAUCCCCGAGUGCAAACCGCUCAAGACCCUCAUUGACCUUCUCGCUUGGAAUGCGGGCAGCGAGUUCUGCUGUGCGCGCGUGCCAUUGCGGCCCCGACUCACAUCCUCGGCAAACAAGGGACCACGCCUGCUGGUGUGUCACGACAUGAUGGGCGGAUACAAGCAAGACCAUCUGCCACAGGGCCAAGACGACGCCAACAUCUUCACCCUCCUCCACUGGCACUUGAUGGACACGUUUGUGUACUUUGCCCACGACCUCGUGUCGCUCCCACCGCCAACAUGGACCAAUCUCGCCCACAUCAACGGCGUCAAGGUUCUUGGGACGUUCAUCACGGAGUGGGACGCCGGGCAUAAUACGUGUGCACAGCUGCUGAAGGAUGAGCACACGCGUCAACUCGCUGCAGAGAAGCUCGCUGCCAUCAUGCACUUCCACAAGUUCGAAGGGUGGCUGGUCAACAUUGAGAACGAUGUCUCCAACACUCGCGCGCUCAUCGACUUUGUGGACCGCGUGCGCAUCGAAUGUCACAGCCUCGUGCCCACGAGCACCGUGCUGUGGUACGAUGCCGUGACGACAGAGGGCCGUCUCGUGUGGCAGAACCAGCUCAACCGGAAGAACGCGCCGUUUUUCCACGCAGCGGACGGCAUUUUUCUCAAUUACACGUGGACGCCCGCGCUCCUGCACAGCUCAGCCACGUUUGCAGCCACCGUCACGGCACCGCCACGCCCACAGCCAGCAACCACGCCAUCCCAUUCGCUUCAAUCAACAUCACCAUCAUCACCAUCAUCACUAUCAGCACCAUCAUCAUCGUCAACAGCAGCACGUGCCAAGCCAUCAACCGCGGCCACCGCUGCUCGGCGCCACACGAGUGCGGAUGUGUACGCGGGCAUUGAUGUGUUUGGACGCGGGACAUUUGGUGGCGGCAAGAUGUCGUGCUUGCAGGCAGUCGACGCAAUCAAGGAUGCGCGCGUCUCCAUUGCGCUUUUCGCCCCUGGCUGGACGUUCGAGUGCACCCCGCCCGACACACCCUUCCUGCAACACCAGCUCAGGUUCUGGCAUCAGUUUGAAGGCGCGGUGUCCCCACGGCGUUUGGAAACACGAAACGUGUUUUCGACGCAUUUCACGCUCGGACGUGGACGUCACCACUGGAUCAACGGCAAACGCGUCGGAGGCGAAUGGGCAAACCUCAGCAGACAGGAUGUUAUGCCGACGUUCAGCUUCGAGCCAUCGCCAACCAAUCCCUUUCCGCGGCCACCGGCAACACGAAAUGCGUUUAGAAAUGCCUGCAUGCAAGUGGAAGAGCGCGCUGCGUUCACGGGCGGGUCUUGCCUCAGCCUCUCUUACGAAACAGGGCCAACAUGGGCCGCUGGGGAUGCGCUCGUGUUCCGUCUCUUCCACACGCGCCGGCCCCUUUCCUCCCUCACCAUCGUCCAGCUCACAACCGGCACGCUGGAGCACGUGGACGAAGCGCCAGAUGUUUCACUGCAAUUCGUUUUGACAAAGGAGGACCGCGGCGCUGUGCAGUACCUGCGGCUCCCGACCUGUCCACAACCCGGCCAACACGCAUUUCAGUUCUGCGACGAGCGGGUGGUGGCGAAGUUUGAAGGACAGUAUGCCCUGCCCGUCUCCCGCUACGAGCGAACCGGUGAUGGCACACUCACAUUCACACCCGUGACGCUCAACACACACCAGGCUGGCACUGAUGAUGAUGAUGAUGAUGGUGUGAAGAAGGAGAAGGCGGCAACAACGAGAGAAGGAAAGGACUUGAAAGUCUGGCGGAGAAAUCUUGCUCUUCCGCCAACGAUGGUGGUUGGUGAUGGUGACGAUACCAGUGAUGUUGGUGAUGGCAAAGAUGACGAUGGCGGUGCUGGUGGCAGUGGUGGUCGUGUAGAGCCACGAUGGUUCACGUCCACGUUUGUGAUUGGAGAGGGUGCAAUUGCGCACCAGUCCAUUGCAGAGAUCCGAGCAAUCGUUACACCAAGGACUGCUGGCUGCCACCGCGUUCUGCUCGGUGGUCUGCACCUGUUCUCGUCCUCGCACAUGAACAACGCAUGCAAACCCGUUGUUGGACUGCGGGCAUCGCACAUUGACUGGCAUGACGUUGCCGGCACCAAUCCACAAGACGCCAACACGACCGCCAAUGUCUCCGCCACGGCCGCUUCGCUGACAGCAUCGCUGCACCUCACGCUCUCGUGGGCUGAGCCGGCUCCCCAGCAGACCACCCGCUUCUGGCGCGUGUAUGCGAACACAACAUCAACGCAUGCCGAGGAUGCCUCUCUCAUUGGCACCGCACACGUGCCUUGCUUCCGUGUUGUGCCGCUGCCCGUGACUGCCCGUGCGGGUGCGCGUGCGUGUGUGCGGCUGUGGGUGCAGCCUGUCUCCUACGCGGCCCUGACACCAGCACUCAGCACAUGUGCACACGUCGACAUCGCAUUCACAGCGCCCACACCGAAGAAGGGAGCGUGAUACCCGUGUUGCCGCGGUCCUCUAACAUCUCACUGCUAUGGGUGGAUUCGCUCAGUGACAGCCGUUGUGUGGAUGGCGGGAGGGGUGCUGAUGGACAGCCAUGUGUGUAUGUGUCUGCGUCUGUGUCUGUCUGUGUUUGCGUGUGUGUGUCUGUGUGUCUGCGUGUCUGUGUCUGUGUGUGUGUGUCUGUGUCUGUGUGUCUGUGUGUCUGUGUCUGUCUUGUCUGUCUUGUCUGUCUGCCUGCCUGUCUGUCUGUGUGUGUGAUGGCGCAAGCUGUGCGUUGCUGGUUGGCCUCUGCAGAUGUGUUACGCUUGGUGAUAAAAGCGUCUACUAUUACGUA